CCAUCCCAUUUCUUGUACUUCUCUCUCCGUCCCUUUCUUUAUUAGACCAUCUCCAAUAGGGGUUGGACGACAACAGCAAUAACGACAUUAUUGGGGAAAGUUAAAUACCAUGAGCGGCGGCGGCAGUGCUCUUGGCGGAGGUGGUGGAGGGCCUGCUAGGGUUGCGAUCCCAGAGAAUGCACGGAAAGUGAUACACAAUAUCAGGGAGAUCACUGGGAAGCAACACAGCGACGAGGAAAUCUAUGCCGUGCUUAAGGACUGCGCCAUGGAUCCCAAUGAGACUGCUCAGAAACUUCUCUAUCUAGAUACUUUUCAUGAGGUGAAAAGGAAGCGUGAACGGAAGAAAGAGUCAUCAAAUGUUCAAGGUCAAGGGGGUAGGGGUGGUCGAGGAAAUUAUUCUGAUGGUGCUGGUGGGAGGAAUGCAGCUCAUCGAAAGGAAAAUGGAGGGAAUCACUUGAGAGAGAGAGUCCCGUCAACUGGUAUGGCUGGAACGCAGAGACCACACAAUAACCAUCCACUUCCUCCACCAAAAGUGGUGGCUGUCAACACAAGUGUCCCUUCAAAUCUUGACAGUGAGAAUCCUAGUCAUGGGUGUGGGUCAAAAGUUUCUGUUGAUGAUGUUGGAAAAGGCUCAAAAACUGGACUAGUGGAUGCGAAUAAGUUAGAUGUGAUAUCAGAGACAGCUAAAUUACUGCCAGUGUCUGCUCCUGAUCAGACAGCUGAUAGCUUGACUCAGAACGACCAAGGGAAGUCGGUUUCAUCCAUCAAGAAUGUGCCGAAGUUAAAUGCUCCGGGUUCUUAUUCUUAUGCGGAUGCAAGUAAAAGAGUACGGAGUCGGUUGAUUGCUACUGAGCCGAAUUAUGUUCAGGGAAUUCGGCAUGUUUCUGAAGCUGCCAAGCCACAGCUGACUAAAACUGAGAACGCUGGCCCUCUGAGUUUGAACUCUGAAAGGGUGUCCGGAAAACCAAAAGAAGCUGACAAGAGCCAGCUUUCUGAACUCCUCCAGCCCUUGACUUUGUCAACUGAAGACACUUCGUCGGUAAUAGAGCCUUCUUCUGGGUAUGAUAGCCAGCUACCUCAGGUGUCUAUCACACCUUCCAAAGGUUCCUCACUUGCUGAUGGACAUGCAAAAGUUGGUUCUCAGUUGCAUCCAGACUCUAAACCUGCACUUGCUGUUUCUAAUGGACAUGUUACUUUUCCUAACCACUUCAAAGUUCCUCAGGCUUUAAAGAGUGGACUCACCUUUGGAAGCUUUGAAUCUAGUUCUAGCACUGGAAUGAAUUCCGGCAAUGGUCACAACAGGGAUGUCAAUGGUCAGAAUUUAUCUACUGCAGUGCAAAUUGAUCUUCCAGAUAAAUGCGAGUCAGAAUCAGAAAAUGUCCUCAAAGAAGUUGCAUCAUCAGUAGGCAAUCCAUUGCUUGAAGCAGAUCCAAAGUGUGACCAACCAAAGCAGGAGAGAACGCAAACUCUAGAAAGGCAUCAAAGCCCCACUGCUCAACUUGCCCCAAAUUAUGGACUUGGAGUCUUGCCAGCCAUGGAGGGAGUUCACAAUGGGCAACUUGAUGGACAUGAGCCUCGAGCACGGGAUGCUCCUCGUAUCUCACCGUUUGCUGGUGAAAAUCUUGCAGUAUCACUCAGUCCCAGUCCAACUCCACAAGGACAAAACUCGCCAGCAGCAGCUGCUUCUCCACAACCGAUUCUGCUGAGGCCCCCAUAUCCACUUGGCUAUCUCCCAUAUCCACCUUAUUUCAACCCCUAUAUGUUCCACCCAAUGCAUCAAUUCUUAAGCCACAAUGGGAUGUCACAACAACAGCCAUCAGCUGGCAAUCCAUAUAUGACAACAGCAGCAGCUACUGCUCCAGGAGUGAAAUUCCCUCCUCACCCACAAUUCAAGCCAGGAACUGGUGCAGCAAACUCCACACCUAUUGCACUUCCUCCAUUGUACAGCUCAUAUGGCUCUUCCCCCAUUGGAUUCAGUCCUGGUCUAGCUGUUUCAUCGGGUACCUCUGCAAGCAGUGAAGAUCUAUCAGCAUCUCAGUUGAAGGAGAACCGUAUUCUCUCAUCAGGACCACCGAGUGAUGUUUCAGCCUGGAUUGCACAGGGACAAGAUUUAUCCAGCGUGCAGCUGAAUUCUUUGUAUCAUCUCUCACCACAGGGACAGCACCACCUUACAUUCACUCCUACACCACAGGGUGCUGCUGCCCAUGGCCCUUUUCCAGGCAUCUAUCCACCUCUGCAGACAAUAGCUGCUCCUUCAACAGUGAGCCCAUUGUUGCAGCAGCAGUCUCAGGCAAUGUCUACUGCAUCUAACUCGGUAGGACCGCAUCCAACUGCAUCUUAUCAGCAGCAACCUCAGCUUGCGCAGAUGAAUUGGAGCUCUUCUUACUGAAGUCAGUGGUGAACCAAGGGAAGUUGAUUUGAGACAUUAUUAGUUGCGAUCUGAAUGAAUGUAUAUACAGAGUCGGCUCAAGGAACCGGUAAGUUGAUUUCAUAGGUGCAGAGUAUCCAUUAUGAUAUGAAGUACGGAGUCGUAUAAUUUGAAAAACUCGACCUUUAUGUUGCGCAUUGGAAGACAACAGAGAAAGGGUUUCAACAUCUUCAGAGGUCUCCUCAGGAGUUGGUUCCAGCUCUGUCUUUGGCUUUGACAGUGGCAACGUCUGCUUCUGAUGUGGGCCGGAGCUCUCUUUUUUGGUCUCCCUCAAGUUGAGCGAAGUGUAAACCGACAUCCCUCCAAGCGCUACAAUCGCUCCACAGAUGCUGAUAAACCCGGGAUCCGACUCAAACAGUAGAUACCCGCCUAUCAAGAUCAUGCACGUCUUGAACUGUCCCAACACUACAUGAGAAGUCGCAGAUGUUGCCCCGAGGGCCAAAGCACCAGACCAUUGGAGGAGAAAGCCAAGUAGAGCUGACAUUAGAAUAGCAGAUGAGUUUUGGAUAUCCCACUUGAACAACAGAGCACCUGGCGGGUCCAGCCAUGGCAUCAGUGCUAGCAGGAACAGCACCGUUACUGGCGUCGUCUUCCACAUCAACCUAUAAGAAGGAAGGGAAUGAGUGAGUGGGGGGGAAGGUUCUGAAUUCUUGUGAUACUAUCCAAUAGUAUCGUUCUUACGCGAGGGCGGUCCAGUUGGCUUGUUGCUGCAGAUUCGACCACAGAAUCUUGUUGAUCGCGCUUGGAAUUAUCCAGGCGACGGCUAUGCAAGCUCCAAAGAAGUUGAACUGCAAAUCUGUCACUUGAGCAAGUGCCACACCUGCUGACACCACACCCAGCGCCACUACCUUGUUGCGAGAGAUGGUUUUGUUGAAGAGAAUGAACUCUGCAAACACAAUGGUAGGCGUGACUGCAAUCUUCGCCAUUUGAUAGAACCCGAUGCUGUUGUGAUUGAGGCUGGCAUUGGCGAGGCCAGAAGCGAACGACAUGACGACCCCCAGGGAGAAUAUGGAAGUGUAAGGAGUGGACUUGGAAGGAGGCGAGACUGGGAGCAAUGCCAGUGUCUUGAAUAUCCCUAGCAGCACCCAUGCUACUGCGUAGUGGAUCAAUGUCAGGAGUAUUGGGUAAUUGAAUCCCACUUUCACCAUUACAACUUUGUUGGUCAUGAUUAUCCCUAUGGACACCACGAAAUUGAAUGUCAUAGCUACGAGCGGCCCGCAGAACCUCUGCUGCUGCCUCUUUGCUCCUUCCGAGGUUCGAAGAUCGUUGUACAGCGUGCCUCUCAGUUCUUCUAGAGCUCGGCCUGUUUCGCCAGCGUCACUGUCUUUCCUCUUGAUGAAUCUCCUUGCUUCAUUUCCCAGCAACGAUUCUAUCACCGCCAUUUAUUCUAGAAAUGUACCUCUAAGUAUAUAAUGAUAAGAGAUGAUGUAAGUUUUCCCAAAACCAGAGGAAUGUUAGAUGCUCUGUUUUGGUUUUCCCCCUAUUCCCCUGUUUCUGGGCUCUGCGGUUUUCGUUUCCGGCCAAUGUUCAAAUAGUACGAAUUAAAUUUGAACCCACCAUCAUCUGGAAGAGGAAACGGUGAUGACGAUGGAGAUGGAUUCGUCUGGGGUUAGAAAUGUAGUCUCAAAUCAGGUGAAGAACAAUGCGUAACGAGAUUGAAAGGAAAUGGAGAAGUGGGAGAAAAUGAAAGAAGAAGAAGAAGAAUGGGAAGGGUUAAAAGGAAGAUCAAUUGGAAGGGAGAGGAGACUAUCCCGAGAAGUGGCGGUGGCGGGCAGAGGAAGAAGGAAGAAGGAAGAGAGAGAGAUAUGUGGAGAACGAGAAUCCUGCGUCUUUUUUCUAUCUUUCUCGUCUCUCUCGCUGUUUCUGUUAAUUCAUUGUUGCUUUUCUCUAGGAGGAAGCCAAACUUCCAGAAAUUUAUGUUGAU